CACGAAGAGAAGCAAGAGGGUCUCUGCGCUGGUACCUACCCCAGAUACUGGUAUAACGCCGAGAUGAAUCGUUGUGAACGCUUUAUUUAUACCGGCUGCAAGGGCAAUCGAAACCAAUUCGAAACUGAGGACGAGUGCAAACGAUUCUGUGUGAAGGGUUAUGAGUCACCAAUGGGUGAAGUCGUACCUGGACAUCAGUUGAUCAAUGAAUUCGGUGUGGAUCAAGUGGAUGAUGGAGGUGAACCUGUUGAUUGUGUCAUCUCCGAAUGGACUCCGUGGGGAAACUGCUCAGCUACUUGCGGCUCCGGCAAAAGGCAACGUUCCAGACAAAUUGAGGCCAGUCGUUUCUCCCUCAUCCCACCAAAAAGCCUUAAAAAUUUAAUUUCUGGCCAUCCAUAA